UGUCACAAAAUUUGCUGCCAGUUAAAGACCAUCUUUCAGUAUGCUCUCCUCGUUUUUUAGGUCACGAAUUCCCAGGAAGAAAAUAAUGGAUUUCGCAUCAGUGGUUCUCUAAGUGUUUGGACUCAGCAGUGCUCAGGGUGGUUGCAAAGCCCCGAAGAAGAUGGCAACUCCUUACGUCCCAGUCCCCAUGCCCAUCGGGAGCUCUGCUUCCAGCUUCACAACCAACAGAAACCAAAGAACUGCUUCUUUUGGGAGCAUCUCAACAAGCUCAAACUCCUCCAAAGGCCAGUUGGAAGACUCACACGUGGGAAACGUGAAACAGACAGGUGUGCCCGAUCCAGUGGACAGCGUUUCCUCCGUCAGCAGCAGCCCCCUCCUCAGGACUAAGUUUACAAAUGCAGAUUCGUGCCUUGAGUAUUCGGCUAGACCCAGAGAAAGCGAAGAGGAGAAUACCGAAACAGAUAAUUCGGAAGACAGGCCUUCUACCCCUACUAUUCUCGGCUAUGAGGUGAUGGAAGAAAGAGCCAAAUUUACCGUAUAUAAAAUACAAGUUAAGAAAAACCCGGAAGAUAGCUGGGUAGUGUUCAGAAGAUACACUGACUUCUCUAGGCUUAAUGAUAAAUUAAAAGAGAUGUUUCCGGGCUUUCGAUUAGCACUUCCACCCAAACGCUGGUUUAAAGACAAUUACAAUGCUGACUUCUUAGAAGAUAGAAAAUUAGGAUUACAAGCAUUUCUUCAAAAUUUAGUAGCUCACAAAGACAUUGCUCACUGCCUGGCGGUGAGAGAAUUUCUCUGCCUGGACGAUCCACCGGGUCCAUUUGAUAGCCUGGAGGAAAGCAGGGCUUUCUGUGAAACCUUAGAGGACACAAACUACCGUUUUCAGAAAGAAUUACUUGAAAAACAGAAAGAGGUGGAGUCGCUGAAGAAACUGCUCGGUGAGAAGCAACUCCGUAUAGACGCGCUAGAGAGCAGGCUCAGGGCACUGUGCUCAGACCCUGAGGAGUCACUGCACUUGUCAGGUACCGAAGGUGACCACGUCCUAAAGGUGGAGGCCCCUGCACUCGAGGCUGACCCAGAAGUCCUGGGUGAAGAGUUCAGAGUUGAUGACAGGCCAGGCUGUCUCGGUGAACCUGAGAACGCCCCGUCGGAAGUGGAGGUGGCUGAAGUGGCCUAUGACGCCGAGGAGGCGGAGGGCUGAUCCGCCAGCCAGCCACUCCCUCCCUCCACGGCUGCGUCUCCAUCUCAGCAGCUUCAGAAGAGAGGCCAAUACUGGAAAAGCAAAAAAGACUGAAACAUAUACAGAAAAGAAAACAGCGAGGAUACACAUGUAUAAAGUUUACAUAAAGAAAAGCUGUUAAGUUAUUGGGAUAGGAAAUAUAUUCACUGAUGCUUUAAAUUGUCUUUUAGUCAACCUUUGGAUUUAAUACACUAAAAAAAUCUGGUUAGAGUUCUGCUAUCAAGACCACCUUCUUAAAUAACAUGCAUAAGUUAUUUUGGUGUUUUGCUAGUGUGUUGCUCUGGACUACUUACUGUGUGUUGAGCUUACCAGCUACCGUAGUCAAAUGGAAAUGAAUUGCAUGUUGCCAUCUGCUUGAUACAUACUCCUUUGUGAUCUAGUUUCACUAACAGUGUAAAUCAGUGGUGAAGAAUUGAGUUUUAAAUAUUGAUGUGUUUGCCAUCUCUAAAUAAGAAUUGCUUACUCAGAAUGUUACUGCUCCUUAAAAGUAGAAAACCUCCUAGUACCAAGGGAACACUAUUUGAAAGAGCUGUGAUCACAUUGCUAAGGCGAUAAAACAGCCUUGAUUUUAAAAGCUGGUUCAUUAAUACAAAAAUACUGUAGCAAGUGUCCUGAUUUAUUGUUAGACUUGUUUAUUUUCCACAUAAUCUUCAUCUCGAAUCUCUACCGGUAGUCGGUGAGUUGGCCUCCUUCGGAGCACUACCUCUUUUUGCUAUUCGAGGCAUACCCGUUGGACAUAUGUUAUGGAUUCUAAUAAGGAGUUAUAAAAAGAAAAGCCAUAUAUGUUCUAUGAAGUUCCUAGCUAUGUUGGCUCCUGGUGUUGCACUUUUAUUCCUAUAUGUGUAAAUAUGUUAUGAUAGUCUAUUCUUGGCCGAUUUCCUUUUUAAUGUAUUUAGCCAAGUGACGCACUUUACGGUAAUUAAACUCCUGUGCCAAGUUGACUUGGUGAAUUUCUUUAGUGAGCAGAGGCAGGGCCUGCACUUUUACAAGUCCCCUGGCGUCUGAGUCAGCCAUAGGAAAACUCGUUCAUUUCAGCUUCGCCGACAGUUGUCAAAAGUGCCUUGUUUCAUUUUUAUAGUAUGAAGUGAGUCGUUCUCUGUUUCCACUGUUUUGUGUAUUGCUGUCAAUAAGCAUCGUGCCCGUGCUAGCGUUUGAGAUCCCAGUUGGCACACUGACCUCCGCAUACGUCCUGAAGACUGAGGGAGCUUGCUGGGGAGAUGGACUCACCAGCCCCGUGUUUUCCUCCAUCACUAAAAGCGAGUCAGUGUCUCAAUGGCUGCAUUAGGUUGGGGUUAUUUAAACUCGCAGAUCAGCUCCAAUGCCUGCUGCUGGCCUUUGAUCUGAAAAGGAGACUGCUUUUUACCAAAGCACCAAACAUUCUAAAAGUCUAUGUUAAAAUGCCGCAGGCGUGCCCUUUUCCACGCAGUGCACCAGAAACGUGUUCACUGUCCCGGGUGGCAGAGAGAGCACCACCCUGCUCCACUUGUCUCUUUCAGAAUAUUUUCCCAGGUUUAAAAAAGGUUUAAAAAGAACAAUCAUUUAAAUUAAUCAGUGUGAUUUUUAGUCUAAUGAGACUCGUUUAUGCCAGAUUCCAGGUAUCGUAAUGCCACGUGUCUGUUUUAAAGUGAACCACACUCUAAAAAUCGGGCCUUUCAGAAGGCUGUAUCUAAAGUUCACGGUGGGUGAAGAAAAAUUUAUUGAUUAGAUAAACCACUGUUCCUUAUGUUUAGAAUGUACUUUUUUACUUUUGUAAUGCAUUUUAUUCCCAGUGUGAUACCCAUUUAAUAAAUUAUUCUUUCAGUGCGACAGUAGCUUGUUCCGGCGUUGACUGCCCUCCCUUCGGUGCCUCUGUGCCCCCGACUGAGUGACCUUGGUUGUAGUUGGCCGCUGCCUUCUGCCGAUGGGGAGUGAGUUUAUGUUUACACUUUAUAUCAAGUCUUUGUGAAAAGGCGCAAUGCACUUCAAAUGUCACUGACAUUAAUAAAAACCGAACCAAACUGAAACAGGAAA